AUGAAACGAAAAAGCAUUGUCUCCUUAUUGCUGGGCACGACGGCAGCUACGUUGUGCCUACUCGUGUUGCCUGCUUCUGGUGCAGUUGAAGAUGUUAACUUUGAUGUAUCUACCAAAGCGCCUGGAUACAGCGUCAAAGGAAGACGCGGCGCACACAAGACCAAGACAGGGCUUGAAAUUCCGUUAGAGUUGAAGCAUUCCCAUCAUCACGAAGGCAUCGACUUGUAUGGAAAGACCAUCAAAGAUUUGGUCGUGGAUGUUGACUUUGAGACUGCUGACCGUAUCCAUGUCAAGAUUUCAGACAAAGAUCAAAAGCAGGUGCCUGUCCCAGACUCGCCGCUCGGUAUAGAACGACCUAGGCUUCGCAAAUCGGCCAAGAAACGCAACUACGAAUUCAAGUACACGGAAGAUCCCUUUGGAUUCCAGGUUAUUCGCAAGAGUGACAAGGCCGUUAUUUUUGACACAACCGAUUAUCCUUUGGUUUUUGAAGACCAGUACCUUGAGAUCACCACUGCUGUUCCUGACGAUGCCAAUAUCUAUGGCUUUGGUGAAACAACGAUACCUCAUUUCCGCCGUGACAAUGUCAAGAAUGUUACUACUAUCUUUGCUCGUGAUGCCGCCUGUCCUUUCUACGAAAAUAUCUACGGUCAUCAUCCAUUUUACAUGGAAAUUCGGGACGGAAAGGCACAUGGCUCGCUUUUGCUCAGUGCUCACGGCAUGGAUGUGCUUACCGUUGAAGGCCGUAUCACAUGGAAAGUGAUCGGCGGUGUACUCGAAUUCUAUAUUUUCGUGCCUGAUGAUGACAAGCCCAACUCCGUCGUUCAAUCUUACACGGAUUUGAUCGGCAAGCCUAUGAUGGUUUCACGCUGGAUGCUCGGAUGGCACCACUGCCGCUGGGGAUAUGAAGACAUUGAUCAGGUUCAAGGUGUUAUCGAUGGCUACAAGGAGCAUAACAUUCCUCUUGAAGUUGCUUGGGUCGAUAUUGAUUAUAUGGACACCUUCCAAGACUUUACAUUUGAUCCCGUCAACUUUCCUCAAGAACGCAUGAUCCAGCUCGGUCACGAUUUACAUGCCAACCGACAGCGUUAUGUCAUUAUGGUCAAUGCAGGCAAACAUUACAAGUCGGGCUAUGAAGGUUAUGAGUAUGGCCAUGAUCUCGAUAUCUUUAUGAAGAAUCCAGAUGGCGAGGAGUACGUUGGACAAGUUUGGCCCGGUUAUACUGUAUAUCCCGAUUGGUUUAACCCUGAUGUUAGCAAAUACUGGAACAAGCUUAUCGCCGACUGGGUUGAGCUUACUGGUAUCGAUGGCACAUGGGUCGAUAUGGACGAGCCUGCUGCUUUCUGUCUUGGAUCUUGCGGUACCGGUAAGAAGGAUCAAGCACCUCCGUCCCUUGAGCCAUGGACUCUGCCUCAAGAAACACAAGAUCAAAUGUAUGCUGAAGAAGAAAUCGCAAUCAAGAACCUCAGCAACUAUGUUCAAGAUUCGCGCGAUUUGCUUUAUCCCAAUUAUGCCAUUAAUAAUGGACAUGGAAACUUAUCGGUAAAGACAGGAAGCAUGAUUGCUUACCAUCAUGGCGAUAUUCCUCACUACGACUUGCACAGCUUGUACGGCCAUGCUGAAUGCAAGCUUACGCGUGAUGCGUUGAUCGAGCACAACAAAACUACGCGCCCAUUUAUUUUGACUCGCUCCUCAUUUGUAGGAUCGGGUCGAUAUGCCGGUCAUUGGACAGGUGACAACGCCUCCAAGUGGGAGUAUUUGAAGAGCUCCAUCACCGAGAUCUUUAACAUGCAAAUGUUUGGUAUUUCGUACAGUGGAUCAGAUGUCUGUGGAUUCAACGAUAACACCACCGAAACUCUUUGCACGCGAUGGCAAGAGCUUGGAGCGUUCUAUCCUUUCGCACGCAACCACAAUGCCAAACAACCCAUCGCUCAAGAACCCUUCCUAUGGGAAACAGCCGCUGAAGCUACACGUACAGCCCUUGCUAUCCGCUAUGCUUUGCUGCCUUACUACUACACCCUGUUUGAAGAAUCCAACCGACUUGGCACGGGUGUGUGGCGACCGCUUAUUUUCGAAUGGCCACACGUCGAUGCCUUUUUGGACAACGAUGACCAAAUCCUUGUUGGCUCUGAUAUUCUGCUAUCGCCUGUCGUGUACGAAAACAAGACGUCCGUCGAAGCUGAAUUCCCACCUGGUAUUUGGUAUGACUGGUACACCCUGGAAACUGUGGAUGAUCAAGGUGCCACCGGCAAGGAACGUGCCAUUACUUUGGAUGCGCCUUUGACCCACAUUCCAGUCCACAUUCGUGGCGGUGCAAUCUUGCCGCUCAAGACACCUACCAUGUUGGUUGAGGAAACUUUUGACAGCCCUUACAUCUUGCUCGUCGCCUUGGACGACAGCGGCGAAGCGCAAGGCCGGUUGUACAUUGACGAUGGUCACUCGCUCGAACCUUCUGAAACGUCUGAUAUCACAUUCACGUUCAAGAACGGUGUCCUGAAGGCCGAGGGCGAUUUUGGCUAUUCUAAGCCUGAGAAGCUGGACACCAUCAAGAUCGUUGGUGACAUUGAUGCUACUACUGCGUCCAUUACCGACUGCAGCACACCUGCUGAUAAUUUAGAGCUUGUUAAAGAAGAUAAUGCCAUUGUUUUGCAGAACGCUGGUAUUGAUCUCACUGCCUCGUUUACUGUUCGCUUUGAAUAA